AUGCAACGAGACAUUAUCGCGGCAACAAAAUCGCGAUUAACGCAGAGGAAACACGACAUUAUCGCAAGAGAUAUCAAACCGACUGAUGAAGAUGCAGAUUCGGAAGCGUGGGAUGAUUGGAGUAAUUGGAGCGCAUGUAGCGUAACUUGUGGACAAGGACGACAAGUUCGUUGGCGUCAUUGUUUAUCUCAAGAUUGCAUCAAACGUCUCAAAAAGGCGCAAUUGAAAAGUUGUCGUCUCAAAGAUUGCAACAAAAAUUUUCUCGCGUUCAAGGAAGCCACUCUGGAAAAUGACAAAAUAUCGUCAAAUAUUAAUCCAACUCUUUUAGAAAAUGGUAUCAAAAACAAACUGGAGGUAAAAUUGAAUAGACUCCGACGUAAAAACUAUAAUACAGAUCGCCGUACCAACGAUGAAAAUGACAACAUUGGGAAACAGAUAAAACGAGCAGGAAAAAACUAUAGAAAACCGAAAAUAUGGGAUCAAUGGGGCAAUUGGUCCACAUGCAGCGUCACUUGUGGGAUAGGAAAAAUUAUGAGAUGGAGGCAUUGCAUAAGUGGAAGUUGUUCUAUAGGAGAAAAGAAAGCUCAAUUAAAAACUUGCACUUCUGCAGCAUGUUAA